AUGCCGGUCCCAGUGUCAUUUGCCGAUGUCUCAGUCUGUUUCACCCGGGAGGAGUGGGAGAUCUUGGCGGAAUGGCAGAAAAAGCUGUACUGGGACGUGAUGAGAGAGAACUAUGAGAUGCUGAUAUCGCUGGAUGACUGGGGUGAUGUGCCAAAACCUGCCCUCCUGCUGCUGACGGAGGAAGGGGGAAAGCCCGGUGCGGAGGAGGCCUCUGCCUGGGAGGCCCUGGCCCCGGUGUCUAUGGUUGCCGAAUGCCUGAAUGCAAGUGGAAAGGUGAAACUGGAGGACAAUGAAGUUGAAAUCCAAAUCCCUGGGCAUCUCCCUUUGUCUGUGGAGGAAAGGCCCGUUUCGUGGGGCUUGGAGAGCAGUGCGUCACCUUUGGGUGGUCAGCUGCACACGGCCCCCCAGGCUGCUCUCGGCGACGUCGAUGGCAAAGCUCCCGCUAUCCUCACUAAGUGCAAGCCAGAGCCCUUCGGGGAGGUGGAAGUUCCACUUGAGUGUCCUUCGCGGUGUGUCGGCAGUUUGCGAUGGCAGCAGCAGGCCGACGGCCCCGCCCCGCAGGAGGCUCGCUGCCGUGUGAAGGAAGAGAUUGAAGAAGAUGGCGGCUCUGGAACGGGUUUCAGUGCUCAGCAGUACCAGAGUGCCCCCAGAGAAGAGGCAGAGGCUCCUCCAUGCACCAAGUACGAUGAAAGCUACAGCCCGUGGCUGGGCGCCGCCGGCAGCCAGAGGACUCGUGCGGGAGCGGAUCCGUCCAGCGGCGGCGAAGACCAGAGUGUUGUCAUCUGCAAGACUGAGAUAAUGGAUGACCUCCAGGUUCACGUAGUGGAGGAGCCUUAUCCGGGCGAGUCCCCGGGCGGCGAGCAGCAGCGAGAUCAGCGGAGAGCGCGGCUCCUGUGGUGCUCCAAGUGCGACAGAGACUUCCUGCGCCGCUCGGACCUGGUGAGGCACUGCCGAGUGCACAACAGCGAGCGGCCGUACCGCUGCAACCGCUGCGGCAAUGGCUUCCGCCGGCGCUCGCACCUCAACGAGCACCUGCGCACGCACACGGGCGAGAAGCCCUUCCGCUGCAGCCUCUGCCCCAAGAGCUUCAGCCGGCGCUCCACCCUCAACAAGCACCAGGAGACCCAUGCCAAGGAGCAACCCCGGAGACACGCCGAGCGCCCCAGGGAGCCUGCCUGGCAGAACGACCCGCCGAAGCCGCGCCGGACCCGCAAGGCGGACAAGGCCUACCGAAGCAGGAGGGGCCACGCGACCUUCAGCACGCUGGGGCCUGCGGCCCAGCACAAGAGGAUGCAUGCCGGGGGGAAGCCCUUCUCUUGCGGCGUCUGCGGCAAGAGCUUCAGCACGCGCUCCUACGCCGCCAAGCACGAGCAUGCCCACCUGGAGGAGCGGCCCUACCCCUGCACCCUGGGACCCGAGAGCUUCACCGGGCAGCAGGCCCUGGCCAGGCGCCAGCGGGCGCCCAGCGGCGAGAAGCCCUUCCCCUGCGGCUUGUGCGGCCGGUGGUUCCGCCGGCGCUCCCACCUCAGUGACCACCUGCGCACACACACCGGCGAGAAACCUUUCCCUUGCCACCUAUGCCCCAAGAGCUUCAGCCGGCGCUCCACCCUCAACAAGCACCAGGAGACCCACACGCGGCUAGGCCUGCGCGCCGCCCGGGACAGGGACCCCCUCCACAAGCUGCCCCGCCGCAGCCACCCGGCAGCCAAGCCCUACCCCUGCGGCAGGUGCCACAAGAGCUUCAGCACCCGGGCCUAUGCCCUGCGGCACGAGAGGUCUCAUACCGGGGAGAGGCCGGGUCCGCCUGGCGUGGGCGACCGAAGCUUUGGCAGACAGACUCGCACCGUCAAGCACGAGACCGGCCCCCGGGGAGAGGAGCCGUGUUGGCCCCAGGGCCACGGGAACGGGGUCUGGUCACAACCGCUCACUUUCAAGGAGAGGCCAUUCCCAGGGGCGAGCGUCCUGGGGCGAGCGCCGGAACAUCCACCUGCUCCUGCCAAGGCCAAGCUCUACCCCUGCCCCCUCUGCCCCCAGAGCUUCAGGAGCCCGCUGGCUUUGAAGAGGCACCAGCCGAGCCACACGGAGGAGAAGCCCUUCUCCUGCAGCCUGUGCCACAAGCAGUUCCGCCGGCGCUCCUACCUCAGCAUCCACCGGCGGGUGCACCUGGAGAACGGCCCCUACCAGUGCGCCCUGUGCGAGAAACACUUCAUCUUCAAGUGUGACUUCGUCAAGCAUUACGGCUUCCACACGGGCGAGCGGCCCUACCCCUGCAGCCGCUGCGCCCGCAGCUUCCGCAAGCAGUCGCACCUCACCGAGCACCUCCGCAUCCACACCGGCGAGAAGCCUUUCCCCUGCAAACUGUGCGGCAAGCGCUUCGGCCGCCGCUCCACGCUGACCAAGCACCAGCAGAUCCACGCCCGGCGCGCACCCCUCUGCUGCGCCGACUGCUAG